AGUUAGUCAAAUCUCCUAAAGUGCCUCUGAAUCGUUCUCUGAACUCAUCAGUCAGCAUACUUUUGACGAUGCUUGUACCGCUAAAAAAAGAGGCCUACGACAGAAAGAGAAACUAACAUAACUUCUCUCUCUUCCCGGCCGCUUUUUUCCGGCCAUGUCUCUUUCCAGUUUGUAUUGAGUUCAGUGGUUUGCAUUGGCAAACUUGCGAGCGCAUACCGUAUGUGUUGUUAAUGAGUGCAUUAUCUUCUCUACUUGUCUUUCGUUUAAUUUUCAUCUUGAACUCGGCAAUUGGCUGUAACCUUGACGUCUAUAUGUGCGUUAUGAUCUUCAUAGAAGAUUACGUGCAUCGUAACAACAGUGUUUACCAAGUUUCUGGACUGUACGGUACAUCUUCACUAGCUUUAAAAAUAUUAAAUUAAAUUAAAGCACGGUGAAAGAACAGCGUUGUGAAGGAAAAGAAGUGUUUCAUAGUAAUAAAAGUUAAGAUAUUUUUCUACUCAAACACAAUCAGAUAUAGUAAAAUACAUUUUUAUUGUAAUUUAAAUUAAGUUUCAAUGUCAGUAAUAAGAAAAGUCACGUUAGAAGAGGAAAUGGAAAAAAAUCCUCAAUUGAAACUAUCCGAUAUACAAUCACUGAAAGAAUGGUGCGAGAAACAACCGCACUUGCCAAAAAUUGAGGAUAGUUUUCUCGCUUUGUUUCUUCACAGCAAUUAUUAUCAAAUAGAACCAACGAAAAAGACAAUAGAGAAUUAUUACACAACUAGGACGCAUAUACCAGAAUUUUUUUGCAAUCGGGAUCCGCUCGCAGAAAAGGACUUACGACAAGCUUUCAAAAUUAUGGCUCUUUUUCCUCUAAAUGGAGUAACAAAGGACGGCUACAAGAUGGUAUAUGAGACACUUCUGGAUGCCGACCCUUCUCACUAUAUCUUCAAUGACGCUAUCAAAUAUUCCUUUAUGUUAUGGGACAUAUUAUUUCUAAUGGAUGGCACAAAUAACGGUUAUGUUAAUAUCAUUGAUGCUAGUAAAAUAUCUUUUGGUCAUGUCGCGCGAAUAAGUCCAUUGGCAUCCAAGAAACAGUUGUACUACAUUCAAGAAGCAGUGCCGAUGCGUUUAAAGGAAAUCCAUGUCAUAAACUCACCACCUGCCGUGGAAUUGAUCAUGAAUAUUUUCAAACCUUUCAUGAAGAAAGAGUUAAUAAACAUGAUACAUUUUCAUUCAUCAUUGGAAAACCUUUCUAAAUACAUACCUAUAGAUGCGCUGCCGAAUGAGAUGGGUGGAAAAGGAGGUUUUACACAAGAAUUAGCCGAUGCUCAAGUGAAGAAACUCGAGGAUUAUCGUGAAUGGUUUCUAUUGGACGAAGCUACUGGACGCGUUAAUGAGGCGUUAAGAAUUGGCAAGAGCAAGUCAGCGAGCGAUUUGUUUGGUGUGGAGGGUAAUUUUAAAAAACUCGACAUAGAUUAAUAAAGAUUUAUAAUUUCAUACAAUUUAUAUGUAAUUAGUGAUUUAAACAUGUAUAUGCAAAUACAAUUAUAGGUAAUUAUAUUCUAAUGGAAUUUAUUCUUGUAAUAUUACUUUGUAUUUUGCACUUUAUUGUAAUGUUUUACGUAAUGGUUGUAUUAUAUUAUGUAUUGCCAGAUA